AUGAAUCUCUUGAAUGCCGACUAUAACUUAACAAUGAUCGACGCUUUCUUGAACUCCUCCUCCGAUAUAUGGCCAUUAUCUCCGGCAAAUCGCACCCUGGAGACUACUCUCCAACAACGGUUACACGCAGUCGUAAAAGUGACUCACGAGGCCUGGUGUUACGCCAUUUUCUGGAAACCUUCGUACCACGACAUCUCCGGCGAACCGGUGCUUAAAUGGGGCUACGGCGUUUACAAAGGCGAAGACGAGACUGACAAGACUCGGCGGAGGAGGAAGACGAACGCGGAGGAGAAAUUGCAAAGGAAUAAGGUACUCCGGGAACUUAGCUCGACGAUCUCCGGCGUAUCUUUUCCGGUGAAGGACGAAGAUGAUGACGUGGAGCUGACGGAUAUGGAGUGGUUUUAUUUAGUUUCAAUGACGUGUAGCUUUCGCAGUGGAUCCGGUUUAGCGGGUAAGGCGUUUGCCACGUAUAACCCGGUUUGGAUUACCGGGUUAGAUAUGAUUAAUGGGUCAGGCUGUAGUCGGGCUAACCAAGGAGGGGACUUAGGGUUACAAACCAUAAUUUGUAUUCCCUCGGAUAACGGUGUGUUGGAGCUUGGAUCCACGGAGCUGAUCCGAGAAAACACUGGUUUUUUUCGAAAGAUCCGAUUCCUUUUUAAUUUCGAAGGAUACAGAGAUUUUUCCGGAGAUAUGAACUCGAGCUCCUGCCAGCUUUUCUCAAGUAAACCGAGACCAGUUUCAGUGCCGUCUCGGAUAUUUUAG